AUGAGCCGAAGAAAACUAAUCUCGUGGCUAUCAGAGGAUGAAGAUGAAAAGCCAACAAGUGACCUCGAAUCCCCGUUCUGUCGCAGAACAAAAUCUUUCAAAUUGAGGCCGGGCCUCCAGGAAUUGGAUAAACCGAGUGGGUCCCAUGAAGAAAAUCGCCGCAAAAAAGAAAACCAUGAGGAUUCUAAAGAAGAGUUUUUAUCUGCUAGCGAAGGUGAAGACUCGUCCAGGAUAUCAGAGAAAUCCGUAUCUCCUGCCGAUAACAAGGAAAACAAGCCAGACGGGGCAACUUUUCACGCAAAACUAGCUGCAUCGCCUCCCUCCAACCUUUCGUCGCCAGAUGGGGACCUGAAAUAUUUGGAAUCCCUUCGCAGCAAAAAUACUCGAAAAGAACUUGAAGAUGUGGAAGAGGACUCACUUUCGGAGGAUGAAUCGAGUCGUGGCAACCGCCGCCGUAGAACCAACAGUUUCGUUGUUGAGGAGGAUGAAGAUGAAUAUGAAAGUUCGUUUAUCGAUGACGAGGACGAUUCUGAGGAGGUGCUCAGCUCGGGUUCGGAAGUCAGCGUCAUCACCGACGAUGAAGAAAUUUUCACGCAGCCACCCAAGGAGGAACCAGCCGCUAGAAAUCACGCAACACCGGCCAAAGUGAAAGUCGUUUCCAAUCUGACGAAGAUGUUUGCCAGUCCAUCGGUCAUGGCGAAAAAGCGCUGUGAGAAGGAUCACUUCCUAAUGUCGCUCAGCUUGCGGUUCCAAGAGACGAGGCAUUUCGAUGCUGACAAAUAUCUGGAUAAGGGCUUUAAGGAGAAAUUGCCCACUGACUUAUCGAUUACUUGGAAUCCCCGUUUACGGAAGACGGCCGGAUUCUGCCGUUUACGAAAGAAAAUCAUGACGGAUGAUCAAGUGCGCGUCCUCCGAACAGUUUCAAUCGAACUGUCAACAAAAGUAAUCACGACGGCAGAGCGCCUCCGAGAUACGCUGAUACACGAGAUGUGCCACGCGGCCGUUUUCUUGAUUGAUAAAUUGGACAAGGAGCAGCAUGGACCCAUUUGGAGGGGAUGGGCCAGGGAAUGCAUGAGCCGCCACCCAUCUCUGCCCUUUAUCGACCGUUGCCACAACUAUGAAAUUGAAGCCAAAUAUGUGUACAGAUGUGAAGGAUGUGGCCAAGAAAUCCGGCGUCACUCGAAAUCAUUCAACGUCCAGCGCCAUGUCUGCGGCAUUUGUCGAGGACACUUCAAACUUGAGGUCCUUUCGCACGGCGUCUACAAGCGACGCUCCCUCACCACCAACGCAGAACCGAAGAACCCGUUCGCCGCAUUCGUAAAGGCGAAUUAUGGCUCGGUGAAGAACGGGACCCUGAAGCACAAAGAGGUUAUGAGCAUUUUAUCGGCAAAGUGGAAAGAGGAGAGGGCCAAGCAGGGCCUACCGGAAGAGCCCAAACAAGAUGAAAGCAGCGACCAUGUUGACAGCGAGGAAGACGAUGAUCUGGCCUCUCCCAACGAUUUUCUGGACAAGGUGACAUCGGAGCUGGAGCAGAGCCUCCUCAUUGAAGGCCCAGAGGCGGAUAGCGAU